AUGUCCACUAAGUUUGGAAUUGAGGAAAUUGCAAAGCAACAGACCAUUCACUCAGUGAUAUCCAUAGAUUAUUAUCUUCCCCAUUUGCUUGAAUCACAAGCCGUUUAUUUUCUGAAUAGCAACGAUCUACCUCAAAUUCGCCGACGCAGUAUGUUCCGUUUUCUACUGACAUGUAGGCGCAAACCCCCCCCCCCCCACCCCCCCCCACACCCCCCCGACCCCAAACCCACCCUCAACCCCCCCCCACCACCUCAACCCCCCCCCCCACACACCCCCCUCACCCUUCAUACCACCCCCCCCCACCCCUCCCUCGUCCCUCCCCACCCCCCCCACCCCCCAUCCUCCUCCUCACUACCCCCACAUCGCAACACCAACCUCCUCGCCUCACCCCGCCCCCGUCCCCCAUUCCCGCCCCCCCCCAACCCCACCCACCCUCUACGUCGUCCGGCCACUCUCCCCUCUCACCUCACUCCCUCACCCCAUCCCCCCCACCCCACCCCAACCCCGCCUCCACCCCCCACACACCGCCCCCACCCCCAACCUACACCCCCACACCCCUCCCCCCCAUCACUCCCAAAAUCACUUCCCCCACCAACCAACCCCCCACCCCCCCCUCACUACACGCCUCGCCGCCCCCCCCCCCCCAACCCCCCCCCCCCCCCACCACAACCAACUCACCCUCCCCCCCACCACACCAACUUCCCUCACCAACACCCACCCCACCCACCACCGCCCCUCCCCUCCUCACCCUUCCCCCCUCGCCCCCAUCCACAUCCCACCCCGAUCCCCCCCCCCAAAACCCCCCCACUUUCACCCACAAUUCCCAACAAACCCCCACUCUCCUCCCCACCCACCACCACCCCCGUACUCUCCCACCCCCGAACCCCCAACCAACCCCCAUCCACCCUCGCCUCUUCCUCACCCACCCCAACCGCCCCCCCCCACCGUCCCCCUCAUACCUCCACACCCCCUCCCUCACCCCCGCCCACCAUUUCAUCUCCCCAACCCUGCUCCCCAUCAGCUCUGCAGCCCCUCCCCCCCCCCAUCCCCCCCCCCCGCCCCCACCCCACCUUCCGUCCCACUUUCCCCAAACCCCCUCUUUCCCCACCCUCCCCUACCCCCCCCAAACCACCCUUCACCCCUCCCCCACCACAUCCCUCCCACCCCCAUCCCACCCCCGGCCCCUACCACCCUCCCCAUAACACCUCUCCCAUACACACAACCCCACCCCCACCGCUCCACUCACCGCCUACCCCCCCCAAUCCAGCAACCCCUCCCCCACCCCGCCCCACGCCGCGCCACUCUCCACCCACCUAUCUCCAAAACUAA